GAAGAUCAGGCAUUGCAGCGUUCAGACAAGCACUUCAACAACGCAAUGUCAAGCUUCUCAGAUAUGAAUACUUUCAUCUCGAUCCACGUGUUAUAAGAUUUUCUCUUAGACGAAUUCUUUCCUGGGUCAAAGAACUCGAGUCACGGAUUGUUGUACUGAAGAGCAACACAAAGCAUGUUGGGAUUGUUAUGGAGGAAGCGGCUAAAUUGGACAUGGUUGAGAACUGGGUGUGGAUUCUGGCUGACAAUCAACUCGAUGAGGCACAUUUGCUGACUCAAGGAACCACGUCCAUUGGUCUACAAGGAUUAAUAGGCGUCAGGCAGUCUGUUGGUCAAGGUAGUUACAGCAACAUUAUUAAYAACUACUGGAAAGAAAAUGGAUACAAUCCACCAAGAAAGCCUUCAGAGGGUCGCAUCAUCGAUUCUGUUCUUCUAUUUGCCGAAGCAGUGCGCAAUUCCUUGAAAGACAGAGUUCAAAUAUCAAGCACAGAAACAGAACGACUUUGUAAUAGUACGAAUGAARGCCAGSCAACAAAUCAAGGCGCYAUUUUGAGUAGAUACUUGAGAAAGGUACGAAUCGAUGGAUUUAUGGAUAGAAUUGCUCUUAGUGAAGAAGGAGCAGCAACUAAAGGCAUUUAUGAUGUUGUAAAUUUGUACAAUAAUAAAGUUACGAAGGUAGGUCAAUGGAGCUCAAACGAUAAACUGACCAUGAAGAAAGAUAAGACAAUCAGAUGGGGAAGAGACGGUCGAUUAGAAAUACCACGUGACUCAGUCAACGUUCUUGCAAACAAGACAAUAACCAUAGUAACGUUCCAGAGCCCUCCCUUCAUAAUAGCAGCACGUCCUAAUGUCACGGAGAAGCAGUCGCCUGAUGACUUUCAAGGUGCUGUUAUUGACCUGUUAAACAGUUUAAAGAAAACUCUACACUUUGACUACGUCAUCUACAUGUCACCUGACCGWACCGUGGGUAAUGAAAAGGGUACAGGAGCCUGGGGAGGAGUCAUUGGCGAGCUUAUAAGAAAGAAAGCAGAYCUUGCGAUUGRUCCAAUUACGAUUACGUCACACCGCUCCAAAGUCGUUGACUUUACUCAGCCAUUCAUGACGGCGGGUUUUGGUGUUGUCAUGGCGACUAAGGAGGUCACGCAAGACUAUUUUGGUUUCCUUAAACCAUUUCACAAGGAAUUGUGGGUAGCAAUCAUUGGCUCAGUAGUUGGGAUGGCUGUGGUGAGCUG